GGCGAGUCCGUGAGAAAGAACGACCGCCAUGUUGAGAAGAAAGGUAUAUAUGUCAUGAGGGAAUCCGUCGCCCUGGAUGGAAAGCACAAGCCAUCUGUUGUCACAAGGGCAAGGAACGUGUAUAACUUCUGACAACCCUGUGUCUACAAGUAAUGAAUUACAGUCUCCCGUGAACUAUCCGGAGUCUUAUGAUGGCCUGGGAAAGCGCGUGAGAAAGCUUUCGAACAAAUACGAUGGAUUCGACGAACCUAUCGCGAGAAAUCAACAACAAAUUGAGGGGAAAGAGGCAGAAAAUGGCCCAAAACAAUUCACCACAAAUCAACUGCAAUAUUUGCAGCGAAUUUUGGUGAAAUCGUUAUGGCGCCAUCGCAUGGCUUGGCCAUUCUUGGACGCAGUCGAUGCUGUGAAAUUGAACCUACCGGAUUAUUAUGAUAUAAUCAAGCAUCCAAUGUAUAUGGGCAAAAUCAAGCGAAAGUUGGAAAAAAAUGUUUACUCUUGUGCUAAAGAAUGUAUUGAAGAUUUUAAUACAAUGUUCAACAAUUGUUAUACUUAUAAUAAACCAGGCGAGGAUGUGGUAUUGAUGUGCGAGGCAUUAGAGAAAGCUUUUAGAGAAAAACUGGUCAACAUGCCUUCAGAGGAAACAAAAAUUGAUCUAAAUGCUAAGAAACGACCCAGUUUGCAAAAGAUUCCGUCAAUUCCUAUAGAAGCUAAAAAGUCCAAAAGAAUACCCAAGCUCAUGGAGAGAACUACAGUAGCUUUAGCAGAUAGUACACCAUCAACGCCUCCAGUUCAACAGACCAACAAAGAUGUUGCAUCUAUAAAAGUUGAGAAAACAGAAAUGCCAAAACCUGCCAUUGUUUCCCCAACUCAAAAUAUACCAGCUGUGACUUCAACAUCUAAAACUACUCAUAUAAUACCUCAAUCAACUAUACCGCCUUCAUCUAAAACAAAAAAACGACAAGCUGAUACAACAACACCUGGUAAUCCUUCUGAGCAACCUGCACCAAAAGCAGCAAAAAUACCAGCUAGACGUGGAUCAACACGACCAAUAAAGAAACCAACAAGAGAUUUGCCAGAGUUACCAAACCAGCAUCGUUCAAAAAAGAAGCCAUUGACAGAACAAUUGAAAUAUUGCAGUACAAUAUUGAAAGAGCUUCAAUCUAAAAAACAUGAGGAAUAUGCUUGGCCAUUUUAUUAUCCAGUAGAUGCUGAAGGUUUAGGGCUACAUGACUACUUUGCUAUAAUUAAAACUCCAAUGGAUUUAACUACAGUGAAGAAUAAACUAGAAAAUCGAGAGUAUGAUACACCAACACAAUUUGCUGCCGAUGUACGAGUGAUUUUUACAAACUGUUAUAAGUAUAAUCCUCCUGAUCAUGAUGUUGUGAAGAUGGGCAGAAAACUUCAGGAUGUUUUUGAAAUGAGAUAUGCAAAAAUGCCAGAUGAGCCUCCACCUCCUGAACAGCCAUCGUCUGCAUCACAGGAUACAGAGACUGGGGCUGGAUCUUCAGAUGAAGAGCAAGAAGCAUCAGAGCAUAGUUAUGAGUCGGAUGAGGGUGAUGCACAAUCAGAGAGUGAGGAUGCAAGCAAACAAAUUGAUGAUUUAAAAAAGCAGUUGCUAUCUGUGACUGAGCAGUUGAGUAAGCUCACCGAACAAAGUACACUUGGGAAAAGUAAAAAACAAAAGAAAUCUGAAAAAGAUGGUACGAAGAAAAAGGAAAAAGAAACAUCUGCUGCGAAGAAUUCAACAUCAAAGACUAAAUCUAAAAGCAAGGAUUCCAACACCAAGGAGUCUAAAGCAACUAAACCAUCUCAAAAGUCUACCAAGUCAGCUUCGAAACGUUCAUCGAAAAGCAAACUUGUGCAGAAAAAAAAGAAAGAAGAAAUUGAAAGUGAUGAAGAGGAAGACUUGAAAGCCAUGACUUAUGAUGAAAAACGUCAACUCUCACUGGAUAUCAAUAAAUUACCUGGUGAUAAACUGGGCCGUGUUGUCACAAUAAUACAGUCUCGUGAACCCACACUUCAGGACUCCAAUCCUGAUGAAAUCGAAAUCGAUUUUGAAACUUUAAAACCUUCAACUUUAAGAAAACUUGAGGAGUAUGUCCAAUCGUGUUUGAAGAAAAAGCACAAGCCACCACCUUUAAGAAAAGCAAAAUCUCAAGAAGAGAGAGAACAAGAUGCUGUUAAAAGAAUAGGAGAACUAGAGAAAAAACUUGAGAAUUGCAACGGUCAACUAACUGGUGGAGCAAGUGCUAAGAAAUCUUCUAAAGCCAGCAAAGGUGAUAUACAAUCAGUGACAGAAACAAUGGGUGAGGAAAUGCGACAAUCAAGACUUAGUGAAAGUAGCAGUGGCUCUGGUUCAGGAAGUAGUUCUGGCUCUAGUUCUGGAUCAAGCUCAUCUGGGUCGGAAAGUUCAGAUUCUGAAGCAGAAACUUCUAAACAGGACAAAAAGUCAAACGAAAACAGCAAGAAAAACUCGAAGAAAUCAUCAGAUAAAAUGGGACAACAAAAACAAUCAACUACAUCAACAGUUUCUCCAAUGAAAUCUUCACCACCCCAAGAAGUCGUUCAACCUUCAAGUAUCUCGCCAUCCAAUGUGCCAAAACCUUUACCACUUCCCAUAAAAAAACCUCCAACAGCCGUCAUUACUCCACAACCACAACAAUCUACCGCUCACGCUUCAUUACCUAAACUUCCACCACUUCGACAAAAUUCGGCACCAACAUCUAUGACUAAAUCUCCGGCCACCUCGGAAACAAUUCCUGUGCGUAGUCCUGGAGCAGCAAAAUUAUCUGAUAAUCCUGCAAAGCCUGUAGCCACUUCUACAGUCGACUCAUUGAAAUCUGAAAACAUUUCAAAAACUGCAGUAUCUACAAACAACUCAGGCAAACAAACGAGCUCUUCUGGUAAGCAGGCAAAUAUUACUGGUAAACAAACGAACCCUUCAGAUAUUCUUGCAACUAUCUUACCAAGUUCAAGUAGUUCCGUAAGAGUAUCGUCUAAGGAGAAGAUAGUAGGAAAAGAAAGCAAGUCUAUAUCAAAAGAUAAGACUGGAUUUGUAUUGCCCACACCAAAGCCUCCGACAACAAAACCAGGAACAGGUUUGUCGUAUGCUGUUGGUGAACUUCCCAACUCUCUCGCUAAUCUUGCAUCGAAGCCUGAUCCAGGAAAAAAGGACGUGAAAUUACGGCCGACAUCAUGGUCUAGUUUUGGGUCCGCUGGUUCUCCUGGUGUUCCAAAUCCUACACCUGUCUCCACAUCAAUAGAGAACAGCUUCAAAAAGUUCCAACUACAGGCUCAAGAGAAUGUUGAGAGGGAAAAAGCCUUGAAAGUCCAAGAUGACCAUCAAAAACAAAAAAUAGAAACGGAAAAACCAAAUUUAGCAAGAAACACUGAGGAAAGUGUAACGGACGGCGCAAAGGACGAUGGGGAACGUCAAAGAGAAAUUCAACGACGCAGAGAAGAGGAGAGAAGGAAACGACAAGCUCAAGCAGCAUCCAUUAAUAUGAACUAUCAAAGUGAUGUUAUGGCAUCAUUUGAGAAUACUCUGGGGUGAUAUAGGCUGAUGAAGAUCUUUGUUGUUCUCAAAGAAUGUUGAAGAAGCAAUUCAAAACUGCGCUAUAAUCUUGCUGGAAGUAACGUAUCAAACACUAUAGAUUGCUAUGUGUGGCAUAUGAAUUUAGCUGAAGAAAAAAAUAUGAAGCUUGUUGAUGACAAUGUCAACAAGAAUGAAACAAUUAUUGUGAUGUUUGCUGGUUAAACUGCAACCUCUCUUAAAAUGCUGAUUUAAAUGCAAUUUCAAGAGCUUUUUAUCUUUGAUUAUAGAACUAUACAUACAACAUACAAAAUAUAUUUCAUACAUAGUGUUCACAGACAAAGAAAUAAGCAUUUUGGUUAUCAAGUCAGUAGUCAGCAUAAAGCUUGUAAAGUAUCUUGUGUGCGUGUUUCUGUUGAUUGAUAAUUGACAUCAGUUCUAGUUACUGAAUAUAGAAGACUUUGGCUGUGAAUUUUAUACAUAUGACUUUGUUAUCGAUUAUAAAUAAAAUGAUUUAUAAACAA